GCCGUGGGAACGCGGAGGUUUCCCUGAGAGAAACCCAACCAAAGAAAAAGGAGAGAGUGGAAAAGACAGAGACAGAGACCGAGGCGGCAGAGGCCAGCCCCCGCCCCCCGCGGCGCCAUGAGCGCCGUGGUCGCCCAGGCCCAGCACAUCUUCGGCAUCCGCGCCGGGGUCGUCAACAACCUCUGCUUCUUCGACGAGCAGAUCAUCAUCUUUCCGUGCGGGAACUACUGUGUGAAGUACAACGUGGACCAGAAAUGGCAGAAGUUCAUUCCAGGCUCAGAGAAGAGUCAGGGCAUGCUGGCCCUGGCCAUCAGCCCCAACCGGCGCUACCUGGCCAUCUCGGAGAUCGUGCAGAACAAAGCCACCAUCACCAUCUACGAGCUCUCGUCGGUGCCUUGCAGGAAGCGGAAGGUCAUCAACAACUUCGACUUCACCGUCCACAAGUUCAUCAGUCUGGCCUUCUCUCCAGACUCCAAGUACCUCGUGGCCCACACGGGGACCCCCGAGUCCAACCUGGUCUACUGGAUGUGGGAGAAGCAGAAAGUGAUGGCCAUCAUCAGGACCGACACUCAAAACAACCCCAUCUACCAGGUGAGCUUCAAUCCCCAAGAUAAUACUCAGAUUUGUGUCGUCGGAAAUGGAAUCUUUAAACUUUUCCGCUAUGCCGAGGGCACGCUGAAACAGACCAAUUUUGUACGGGGAGAGCCCCAGAAUUACCGGUCUCACGCCUGGAUCUCUGAAGAGCGGAUCGUCGUGGGCACUGACACGGGCAAGCUCUUUUUGUUCGAAUCUGGGGAUCUUCGCUGGGAAACGAGCAUUGUGUGCAGGGAGACGCCCAGCGACACCAAGAAACUGGAGGUGGUGCACGAGUCGGAAAGCCUCAUUGAAUUCCCAGCCCCCAGCUCUCCUGACUAUUCCAGCGAGCAGCUCUUUGUGGAGAAGAGCGAGAGCCAGAAUAUGACGCUGCCCCAGGUGUCGGCCAUUGCCGUGUACUCCAAGGGCUUCGCCUGUUCGGCGGGCCUGGGCCGAGUCCUGCUCUAUGAGAAGAUGGAAGAGAAGGACGCCUAUCGGGAGAGCCGGGAGAUCCGGAUUCCCUUGGACCAGCACAGCAAUGACCCGAGCCAGUCCAACAAACAGGAGAUUGUCUGUAUGUGCUUCAGCCCCUCCGAGGAGACGCUGAUCAUCAGCACCAGCAAAAGCCAGCUCUACAGCAUCGCCAUGUCCCUGACGGAGAUCAGCAAGGGGGAGCCCGCCCAAUUUGAGUUUCUCAUGUACUCGCUACAUUCUGCGGCCAUCACAGGGCUGGCCGUCUGUAUCCGCAAGCCCCUCAUUGCUACCUGUUCCCUGGACCGAUCAGUGCGCAUCUGGAACUAUGAAACCAAUAACCUGGAGCUGUACAGAGAAUACCAGGAGGAGGCGUACACGGUCUCUCUUCACCCCUCCGGGCACUUCACCGUGGUCGGCUUUGCCGACAAACUACGCAUCAUGAAUCUGCUCAUUAAUGACAUCCGGGCUUUCAAGGAGUUCCCCAUCCGAGGGUGCCGAGAGUGUGCCUUUAGUAAUGGAGGUCACCUGUUUGCCGCUGUCAAUGGGAACGUGAUCCACGUCUACACCUCAACCAGCCUGGAGAAUAUCAGCAACCUGAAGGGACACACUGGCAAGAUCAAGUCAAUCGCAUGGAAUUUGGAUGACAGCAAGCUGAUCUCCUGCGGCACAGAUGGUGCCGUGUAUGAGUGGAACCUGACUUCGGGAAAGAGGGAGACUGAGUGCGUGAUCAAAUCUUGCAGCUACAACUGUGUGACCAUCUCUCCUGACUCUAAAAUCAUUUUUGCUGUUGGAAGUGACCAAACUCUCAAAGAGAUUGCAGAUUCUUCGGUGCUUCGGGAAGUGUCUGCCUUUGAUGUUGUCUAUACGUCGCUGGUCAUCUCCCACUCUGGGCGCAUGAUGUUUGUGGGCACCUCAAUGGGCACUGUCCGAUCCAUGAAGUACCCCCUGCCCGUGAGCAAGGAGUUCAACGAGUACCAGGCACAUGCUGGGCCUGUCACCAAGAUGACCAUUACGUUCGACGACCAGUUCCUGCUGACGAGCGCUGACGAUGGCUGCCUCAUCACCUGGAAGGUCUUCGACAAGGAUGGCCGGGGCGUCAAGAGGGAGCGGGAAGUGGGCUUUUCUGAGGAGGUGCUGGUCACCAAGACAGACAUGGAAGAGAAGGCCCAGAUCAUGCUGGAGCUGAAGACUCGCGUGGAAGAGCUCAAGAUGGAGAACGAGUACCAGCUCCGGCUGAAGGACAUGAAUUACACAGAGAAGAUCAAGGAGCUGACGGACAAGUUCAUCCAGGAGAUGGAGUCCCUGAAGACAAAGAACCAGGUUCUGAGAACGGAGAAGGAGAAGCAAGAGGCCUCCCACAAUACCUAUGUAGAGGAUCUCUUGGAGAAGCAGAGCCGGGAACUACAGGACAUUGAGUGUUGUAACAAUCAGAAGCUGCUGCUGGAGUAUGAGAAGUACCAGGAGCUGCAGCUCAAGUCCCAGCGGAUGCAGGAGGAAUACGAAAAACAGCUCCGCGACAACGAGGAGACCAAGAGCCAGGCCCUGGAGGAGCUCACCGAGUACUACGAGGCCAAGCUGCACGAGAAAGCCAGCCUGCUGGAAGAGGCCCAAGAUGACGCCCGGCAGCAAAUGCGAGAGUUUGAAGAGACCAAGAAGCAGAUCGAGGAAGAUGAAGACCGAGAGAUUCAGGACAUCAAAACCAAGUACGAGAAAAGACUCCGAGAGGAAAAGGAAGCUAACUUACGCCUCAAAGGAGAAACGGGCAUCAUGCGCAAGAAGUUCAGCAGCCUGCAGAAGGAGAUUGAGGAGCGGAGCACCGACAUUGAGGCCCUAAAGGGGGAGCAGGCGAAACUCCAAGGGGUCAUCAAGGCUCUGGAGAAGGAUAUUCAAGGCCUCAAGCGGGAGAUCCAGGAGAGAGACGAGACCAUCCAGGACAAGGAGAGGAGAAUCUAUGACCUGAAGAAAAAGAACCAGGAGCUGGAGAAAUUCAAGUUUGUGCUGGACUACAAGAUUAAGGAACUGAAGAAGCAGAUCGAGCCUCGGGAGAACGAGAUCAAAGCCAUGAAGGAGCAGAUCCAGGAGAUGGAGGCAGAGCUAGAGCGAUUCCAUAAACAGAACACACAACUGGAACUGAACAUCACGGAGCUGUGGCAGAAGCUCAAAGCUACAGACCAGGAGAUGCGCCGGGAGCGGCAGAAGGAGCGGGACAUGGAGGCCCUGGUCAAGCGGUUUAAGAUCGACCUGCACAACUGCGUGGGCUUCAUCCAGGAACCUCGGCAGCUGAAGGAAAAGAUCCGCGCGCUCUUCGACAAGUACGUCCAGCAGGCCGACAUGGUGGAGAUCGUGGGCGUGGACACAGACCUGCAGCAGGAGUACAUCCGGCAGAGGGAGCACCUGGAGAGGAACCUGGCCACGCUCAAGAAGAAGGUGGUCAAGGAGAACGAGCUGCACCGCUCCGACAACGUGCGCAUCAUGCAGGAAAACGUGAACUUGAUCAAGGAGAUUAACGAGCUUCGAAGGGAGCUGAAGAUCACGCGCGCCCAGGUGCACGACCUCGAGUCGGCUCUGAGGCUCACCAAGAAGCUGCGGCACUCGGAGGUCCCCGAGCCAGUGCCCAGUGUGGAGAAGCCCUCCACCGCUGGGAUUUUGAGGCUGACCGAGGAAGAAGAAACGGAGCGGAUCAUAGAGAUGCAGCGGCUGGAGAUCCGGCGCCUGCGGGACCAUCUGCAAGAGAAGGAACAGAUCCCGGGGCUCCACCCCCCGGGGAGGCUCCCCUCCUUAGAGAGUGACAGGAGCAUUGAGACCGGGAGCAACUGAGCCUCCUGAGCCGCAAGCAGAUGCAAGCAGGCCCCCAGGAGCCCUGGAGGAGGAGGCCUCGGUGCUCUCUGCCCCUGGCUGGUCUGAAGCCCCGCAAGGCGGGCCCUGUUCCCUGAGCCCCCGGGAGAAGGCAAGGGGGGGGGAAUAAAGGAAGUGCCUGCCUUCAGCCAUUGACAGUUCAGUUGUGGGGCCAGGGGCCAGAGGGAGGCAAAGGGGCUGCAGGGCCUGCCCACCCUCCUUGCUCCCUGCAGAGGCCGGCACCAUCUGCUUCCCCACUCCCCCUCCUGCUCUGGCCGCUGGCAAAUUCGGGCAAGCAAGGAAAGGAGACAAAUGGAGAGAGUGACCAGUUUUCUCCCGUUCCCUGGAACUGAACAAUGCCGGCCUCCUCAGUCAUGGCUGGGCACCCAUGAGGCUCCGGCCCUCCUGGGCUUUUCGGCGGAGCCCCAGAGCUCUCCCGCUUCCCCUCCUGGAUUCCCUUCCAGCCCCCACCAUUCGGCCCUCCCGCCGAGAUUCCCAGCCUGUGCUCGCUCUGAGGACUGGAGCCCAACCCGCUGUAUUCAAGAUCCCCACCUUCAGCUUCACUGGGGGUAGAACUGAAGUGUCCUCUUGUACUCUGGCUCCCCUGCCCCCCAAAUGGGGCUCUCCAUCCUGGCUUCCUUACCAGGGUGCUUGACUGAAGCCCUCCCUCAGCCCACACUGUCUCCCUUCCCAGGGAGAGUCCAGCCCAGACCCUCCAGGCCAGAUCCUCCCCCUGAAAUGCUUUCCUAUGAGAUUCAGCUCAAGUUCUACCUUUAAGAGGCCUCUCCCAGCCACCACCCCCCCCCCAGCACCUUGCCCUGAAAUUACCUCCUAUUGGCCUUGUUUGCACCUUGUUCGUAUGCAGUGGCUCACCUAUUCCCCCCCCUCCCCUCAAUUAGACUGUGAGUUCAGAAGGCAGGAACUGGUUUUUCUCUUUUUUUCUUUUUUUUUGUCUGUCUUGUAUCCCCAGUAUUUUGCGCAGGGCCUGCUUCGUGGCAAAUGCCCGUUGCUUGGUGAUGACCACCCUGGCCACCCUGCCUAGGCCAGCCCCUCUCAAUCCCCUCUACCCUCUGCGGCCUUGCGGGUAGCAGGGGUCCCUGCAACAACUACAGACUUUGUGAUCUACUUUGAGCCCCAGAGUUAGGUAUGAGGAAGAGGCUGUCUAAUUGUUAGAGGUUCCACAGGAGGGAAUUGCUGCUGUGGGACGCAGUGACCUCCCUGUCACUGGGGGUCUUUAAGGAGAAUCGGGAUGGCUGAGUGCUCAAAAUCCCUCAGAGAAGUAGCGACUGCAGCACUUCUCUAGUAAUGGAUGUGAAGGGACCAAGACUGGAAGCCGGGUGUCCUGAUCCUGGAUCACCUACUGCUUCUAGAUCACAUCCCAUACAGCAGUCCGGACAGAGGCAGGAUCACAGAAUCUUGGGUGUAAAAAGGCCCUCAGAGACUGGAGUCCAAACCACAUCCAAAUACCAACCGCUCUAUCACCUCUGACCAAUGUGGUAGGCACAUCCUGGUACAGUAGAACUUGCCCUGCACUGGAGGCCAAAUCUCUGCUCUGCCGCUGACUGCCCACGGCCAUCCACUUGGAUCUGUCUGGGCUUCCAUUGUGAAACAGGGUUGGGGAAAGGGGGAGGGGGUCUCAAUGGUCCCUUCCCAUGUCAUCCUGCCUCUGCUGGGAAACCUCCAGUGAAAGGAAAGCCAUCAUCUCCCUAGGCAGCUUUUUAAAUUUUCAUUGAAGCUCUUUUUGAAAUAUGUGCCAGGAUCAUUUUUCACCAUUGACUCUUGAAAAACUGUGUUCCUAUUCCCCCCUUUCCCUCCACCCUCUCCCCUAAAU